AUGCCGUGUUACAAUUUCAAGAGUAUUACAGUUGUGCCUUCGGCGAAGGAUUUUAUUGAUAUCGUUCUUUCUAAGACUCAGCGCAAGACCCCCACGGUCAUACACAAGCAGUAUGCCAUCGGUCGGAUACGGCAGUUCUAUAUACGAAAGGUCAAGACUUGCCAGCAGUUUUUCCAUGAUAGACUGCAGGCCAUUGUAACAGAGUUCCCGAAUGUCGAGACUGUGCACCCCUUUUACGCCGACCUAAUCAAUGUUCUGUAUUCCAAAGACCAUUACAAAUUAGCCUUAGGCCAAUUGAAUACAGCGAAGAAUAUCAUUGAUGGCAUUGCACGAGAUCAAGUUAAAAUCCUCAAAUACGGUGAAUCGCUUUACCAGUGCAAAACUCUUAAGCGAACCGCAUUUGGCAGGAUGUGUACUGUCAUCAAGCGACAAGCUGAUAAUCUGAAAUUUUUGGAGGACACGCGUCAACAUAUGUCCAGGUUGCCCAGCAUUGACCCUGAUACGCGCACUUUAAUUUUAUGCGGCUUUCCCAAUGUGGGGAAAUCUAGCUUCAUCAAUAAGAUUACUCGGGCUGACGUGGAUGUACAACCUUUUCCGUUCACGACGAAGUCACUAUUUGUUGGUCACACGGAUUACAAAAACCUUCGAUGGCAAGUAAUCGAUACGCCCGGUGUUCUCGAUCGUCCUCUGGAUGAGCACAACACGGUGGAAAUGUUAUCAAUCACGGCUUUGGCGCAUUUGCAAGCAUCUGUGAUUUACAUUAUGGAUUUGUCAGAACAAUGUGGCUAUACAAUCAGUCAACAAAUUGCACUGUUCCAAAGCCUGCGACCACUGUUUCGCAAUAAACCGCUAAUUAUUGCGGCUAAUAAAACCGACAUUCGGACUUUCGAAGAUGUUCCCGAGUCGGACCGGGUAGUGGAUGUGUCCGAAGAUCAUGACCGUCCUCUGUUCAUACCCAUGUCCACUCUGGAUGAAACCGGCGUGAUCGAAGUGCGCAAAGUAGCUUGCGAUCAGUUAUUAGCCAUGAGAGUACAAGCAAAGCUCCGUGCUGCUGCUGUUGUUGCAUUAUUGGUGGUACCUUUCAUACUUCCACGAAAGAAGAAAAAUUCAGCACCUAUGCGACCACCUAUCGUUCCUCCGGAGGUGUUGGCCAAGCGUCAGAUCAAAGCUCUCAAACGUAGUCACGCUAGUGCUUUCGGUACAAUUGUCGCAAACUCCACUGAAAACAAGAAACGUACUCUACGAGAUCGCGAGCUGGAGGCUGGCGAUGAUGGUUUCAUUUUAAAUCUUCGUGAACAUUGGCAGUUGAAACAUCCAGAGCAUGCAAAUGAUGUGAUCCCCGAAAUUAUGGAUGGUCACAACCUGAUUGAUUUCUUCGAUCCAGAUAUCGAAGAACGGCUAAAUGAGCUGGAAAAGCAGGAAACCGAGAUGGAAGCUGCCGGCGUAUAUGAAGAAUCUGAUUGGACCAAAGAUCCAGACGCGAAUAAUCCGGAAAUGCAGGAAAUCCGAAAAACUGCAGCCAAAAUCAGAGAAGCCCGUGCUCUUCGGGUUCUUGAAUCGCGCGCCAGAAAGAGUGUCCGCACACCCAAAAUUCCUCGAUCUUCUCGGUCAGUCAGUGUGCAUAAAAUUCGCAACGAACUGGGCGAACUUGGUCUGGAGGUGGACCUACAGGAUGAGGUUCCAUCCAUUGCUCGUGCUUCUGUCCCGCGAUCGAUUUCAGCUGUGCGCGAUGUCAAGAUGUUGGAUAAGAUAAAACACAUGGACAAGUUGGCUCAACGAAAAGUCGUUACUCUAUCCCGCAAAGGAGAGGGUGAUCGGCAUAUCCCGGAUCUGAAACCGAAACAUUUAUUCUCUGGCAAACGGUCGGUUGGAAAGACCGAUCGGCGUUAA